AUGGAAAGCCAACUAAACCCUAUCGCCUACCAACCUGCUCGUCAUGUAGUUCUGCAGGGACUACUUGUCAAUAUCCCCAAAGCAACAAGAGGUCAAGGCAUUCCAUCAGGAUAUAUCUCUAGCCUAGAGGAAAGGCUUAUAGAAACAGAGAUCGCCCUCUUCGAGGCGUUGUCCUUCAUCAAUACCCAUUUUCACCAGGGUGGCAAUACACAAUUUGAACCAUCUCAAUACCACGAUGCAUUCACAAAUCACAGCACGGCACUAUCCAAACAAGCUAAAGUGGAGGAAUGGAAGCGCCUUCCGUUAACGUUUGAAGACCAGCAGAAGGCAUGGUUACAAGAGAAACUUCACGUCGCAAGCAGAACGGACUAUCGGAAUGACUCUAUCUCGGAGUCGCCCGGAUCUCAGGAAACAGAACAUCCAUGGCCGGGAUCGCCUCCGACUCUGUUUGCUCGGCAUAACGAAGAGCAGCUUGAUCCACGAAGGCAGUCCCUUGCCCACAGUGAAAACGCACAAGGAAACCAGGAGGUGAUUCAAGCCGACUACCAGCCGGUGAUGCAUGACAAUGAAAGCUUGCAAGUUGGCCCUAAUUAUACGUCGCCAACGCUUGAAACGCCCCAAAGGACUCCAGUAGUGAAUGCCUGGACGAAUAGAUCAUCACAACAACGUACGGGUGAGGCUAGAGAAGGAGAUGGGAGAGUGUACGAUUCGUACCUCGGGGAAGCCAAUUUGCAGUUUUUGGAUGACCAGCGGCACUCUCCUAGGUCGCAAACAAUAACUGAGCAAGUUCCAAUGGGAUUAAACGUUCCAUCAUCCUUGCAUGAUCGGCAGAUCUCAGUCUCCAGUGGGUUGGGUCGCCAUUCUCUAGAGGCAAGAAAGGUUUCUUCGAAAGAGUGGCAGAGAUACUUCUAG